AUGGAUCAGUACGUUGAUAGUUUCCCCUAUUUUCCAGACCGUACGGAAUACGAAGCCCGAGCACGAUCGGUUCCACAACAUGAAAUCGAAGAAGCUGUUCUACCAGAGGGAUUCCCAAUCUACUUAUCCUCAAAAAUGGCUUGGGACAGGGAGAGUAUUUCGUCCUACGAGGACGACUACAUAUUAAAGUUGGAUGAUUCCCAGCUGAAGGAAAUCGACGAUGCGCUGCAGCAUUUCAAGGCUCUAGGGCAGCCAUUGGAGCUUCUUAGCCCUGCCACUUUCCCCCUACCAUCGCUACAUUCUGUCCUACGCGGUGUAUCGGAUAAUAUCCACAAAGGCACUGGAUUCUCCCUGGUCAGGGGUAUUCCCGUUGAUCGGUAUUCGGCAGAAGAGAAUAUGAUAAUAUAUGUUGGCAUCUCAUCUCAUAUAGGCCGCAUGCGUGGCCGUCAGGGCUACCAGUAUAAUGUAUCUCCUGUAGACGUUGUUGUUACGCACAUUACCGAUAUGAGGCCUCCUUCUGACCCAACACUCUCUGUCAGGGUUGCAGGUUAUACUAACGAAGAUAUGCCAUUCCACACAGACGAUGGAGACAUAGUAUCUCUUUUCGCAUUAGGCGAACCGGCCGAAGGGGGUGAGAGCCAAUUAGCCAGCGGUUGGAGAGUCUAUAAUGAGCUUGCGAGAACUAGGCCUGAUAUCAUUCAGGUUUUGGCCAGCGACUGGCCUAUCCCAAGGUCCAAAAAGGAGGAUCCUUUUCUCUACCGGCCUCUGAUACACUACCAGAAUUGUUCGGGAACACCGGAAAGACUGUUGAUCAAUUUUUCCAGAAGAUGGCUAGCAGGCUAUGGCGACCUCAAGCGCACGAGACUGCUUUCUGUGAGACAGGCCGAGGCUCUUGAUGCCCUGCACUUCUUAGCAGAAAGGUUCCACAUAUCGAUGAAGCUGCAGAAGGGAGACAUGCAGUUCUUCAAUAAUUGGAGUAUCCUACAUGCUAGAAGAGGCUAUAAAGAUGGACCUCAACGGAAACGACACCUCUUACGACUAUGGCUGAGGGAUCCUGAUAACGCGUGGCCGACCCCAAAACUGCUUCAGCACAAAUUGGAUGCUAUUUAUAGCAAAGACCAAUCGCGAGGGCCGCAAGUAUUUCCACCAUACCCCUACACGACUGUAUAG